AACCACCUCACAAGCCAAAAUCCAAACCCAGACCCAAACCCAACCCUCCCUCUCUCAAUCAUUCUCUGCUUCCUUUUAGGUUUUUUUGUACUUUUUUCGUCCAAUCAUCAUCGCUCUCUCCUUUCUCUCUCUAAAUAAUUUCCAAUUGGUUUUUAGAGAGAGAGUGGCAGCAGGAGUGGGGAAGGAAGAAAGCCUGCUCCCGUCUCUGUGAUCGUCUCUUCACUUCGAAGCUCUAGGGUUUGCCUUUGCCUCUGUUAGCUGUUGAGGAAAGGGAUGCAAUGAAUCAAUCUUUGAACUUUUCAUCUUUUGGCUCAACUGAGGUUCCAAUGGUGGGCAUUCCUAAAGAAGUGGGUAGAGGAGGAUGGGGUAUUUUAUCUGGAUCUGGUGCCUACAAUGCCUCAAGUGAUGCUACCCUCUUUUCGAGCUCACUACCUGUUCUUCCACAUCCGAAGUUGAAUGUGAAUGGUACUGAACAUGGCUAUCAAUCUAUUUAUGAUCUUUCGUCUGGCUUACAAAAAAUCCACCAAACUUUGGAGGGUAAUGAUCCGCUUGAAGAAAUUGAAACUCAUGCAAUUGGAAGCUCGCUUCCUGGCGAUGAGGAGGAGCUAUUAGCUGGCACAGCAGAUGAUCUUGACCUCAGCGGGUUGCCUGGUUCACUGGAAGACUUGGAAGAUUAUGAUCUAUUUGGUAGUGGAGGCGGCAUGGAAUUGGAAACUGAUGCACAGGAGAGCCUGAGAAUAGGCAUGUCAAAAGUAAGUAUAGCUGACAGUUCUACUGGGAAUGGGAUGGCUCAAUUUGCCCUUCCAAAUGGUAUGGGAGCUGUUGCUGGAGAACAUCCAUAUGGAGAGCAUCCUUCCAGAACAUUGUUUGUGCGAAAUAUCAAUAGUAAUGUCGAGGAUUCAGAACUAAGCACACUUUUUGAGCAAUAUGGGGAUAUUAGAACGCUGUACACUGCGUGUAAACAUAGGGGCUUUGUGAUGAUAUCUUAUUAUGAUAUUCGUGCUGCUCGAACUGCUAUGCGCACAUUACAAAACAAGCCUCUGCGACGGAGGAAACUUGAUAUUCACUUCUCAAUUCCAAAGGAUAAUCCAUCAGAGAAGGAUAUUAAUCAAGGAACUUUGGUAGUUUUCAAUUUGGAUCCAUCAGUUUCAAAUGAAGACCUCCGUCAAAUAUUUGGGGCUUAUGGCGAGGUCAAAGAGAUCAGGGAAACACCACACAAGAGGCAUCAUAAAUUUAUUGAGUAUUAUGAUGUUAGAGCUGCAGAAGCAGCCCUUAAGUCGUUAAAUAGGAGUGACAUAGCUGGUAAACGCAUAAAGCUUGAACCCAGUCGACCUGGUGGAGCUCGUCGAAACUUGAUGCUGCAACUGAAUCAAGACCCUGAACAAGAUGAAUCUCAGAGUUUUCAACAUCCAGUGGGUUCCCCGAUAACCAUCUCUCCACCAGGUAACUGGGCUCAGUUUCACAACCCAAUGGAACAUAGUCCUGUACGGAGUAUUAGUAAAUCUCCUGGUUUCGGGACAAUUAGUCCAACAAACAGCAACCAUUUGUCUGGAUUAGCGUCAAUUCUGCAUCCCCAGACAUCAAACACUGUGAAGGUUGCACCCAUUGGCAAUAACCAUGGAAGGGGGAGUCAUGCUGAUCAUAUAUUUUCCAAUACAAACUCAUCCCACGGAUCUGCAUUUCAACAAUCCCACUCAUUUCCAGAGAACUCAACCCAUUUCCAAGGAUCCAUGCCCUCGUUCAGUCCUUCAACCUCAAGUGGAUCUCAUGUGGAAACAUUAUCAGGCCCGCAAUUCCUUUGGGGGAGUCCGACUCCUUUCUCAGAAAACACCAACUCUUCAGCUUGGCAUCACCAAUCAGUGGGACAUCAACUUACAUCCAAUGGGAAGAGGCAUGCCUUUCCAUUCUCAGGUCAUAAUGGCUCUUUGCUCAGCUCUUCCCAUCAUCAUCAUCAUCAUCAUCAUCAUCAUGUUGGAUCUGCCCCAUCUGGUGUUCAUUUAGACAGCCGCUUUAAUUACUUUCCAGAGUCACCAGAAACAUCUUUUUUGGGUCCCACUGCCUAUGGAGGCAUGAGUUUGGGCCCCAGUCGUGGAAAUUUUAUGAUUAACAUGGGUGCUCGUGCUUCAAGAAAUAGUGGCAUAUCCAUACUGGGAAACAUGUCUGAAAGUAGUUCGUCAAGCUUUAAAAUGGUGGGCUCACCGAAGCUUAGCCCUGUGUUUUUAGGGAAUGGCCCGUACGCAGGACUGCCACCUACAAGCAUAGAUGGUUUGAUUGAGCGUGGGAGAAGCAGACGAAUGGAGAAUAAUGGGACCCAGAUUGAUAGCAAGAAGCAGUUUCAGCUUGAUUUGGAUAAGAUUGUCUCCGGGGAAGAUACUCGAACAACAUUAAUGAUUAAAAAUAUUCCAAACAAGUACACCUCGAAAAUGUUACUUGCUGCAAUAGAUGAAAAUCACAGGGGUACUUUUGAUUUUCUCUAUCUGCCAAUUGAUUUUAAGAACAAAUGCAAUGUGGGCUAUGCAUUUAUCAAUAUGCUGUCUCCUUCACAUAUCAUCCCGUUUUAUGAGGCAUUUAAUGGAAAGAAGUGGGAGAAGUUCAAUAGUGAGAAAGUUGCCUCCUUGGCUUAUGCUCGAAUCCAGGGGAAGGUGGCUCUUGUAGCCCACUUUCAAAAUUCAAGCCUAAUGAAUGAAGACAAACGUUGUCGUCCGAUUCUCUUUCAUUCUGAGGGUUCUGAGGCUGGUGAUCAGGUAAAACAGUAAACACUACAGGAAAACAAUGGCUUCAUGAAACUUAUCAUCCAAGAGCAUCUUCCUUCCAACAAUUUGGACAUCCAGGUCGGUCAGGAAAAGGAGUUGGACUCUGAUUCAUCAGGAAGCCCAGAGCGUGGCUUUGACGAGAAGCCAGAUAAGAGUUAACAGUGUAUCAAAGUAGAUGCUACUGCUGAAUUUGGUGGUGGCUGUGGCUUCCAACCAUCAUACACUAUCAAGUAUAUAUAUGUAGGAGUCGGAGAAGUAUGGGAUGCAGAGUUUCUUUUGUAGCUCCUUUUACUAGUAUCUUCUAGAGGGUUUGACUGGAAACACUCGGCAGCAUUUUGUUUAUCUGCAGUUAACGGUCAGAUGAGAGAACGAUGGUGCAUGUCAACGAAUCCAAUUCUCCCUGCUGACAGCGUUUGCCGCCGGUUGUGCAGGUUUCUGAAUUUUGGGCUCAUUUUUGUUGUGCGACUUUGGGGUGUGGAUAAGUUAGUCUGCAAAUAUGAUGUGCAUAUAGGUAUCAUAGUACAAGUGUUUUGAGGGAGGGGUGGUUAUUUGACUUGGGGUACAAAAUUGUAUGGUGGGGGAAAAACCUGCUGCUUUUUGGCGUUAUUAAUUUGUUGCAGUUCUUGAAAUGGAAAAUUCAAAUGUUCAUUUGA